AUGAUCUCGUUCACUCUCCUGGGCCCAUUGGGCGUCUUGCUAGCCGGAGCGUCCAGCGCCGUGGCGUUCGACAGAAUUAGCAUUCAGUCUACCGUCAAUGCCGACACUGAGGUCGAAGUCACGAUCCGCAACGACAUCGCCGACGGGGCCAGCUCUUUCGAUGCCGGCUUCACCAACUACAACCUCUACCUUGCAACGACCCCGCCGGGCUGGGGUACCGGCCCGGUGUGCCUCUUGGCCAAUGGGACCAAGAUCGACGUCACCUCCGUAAAGGUCAAGAUCCCUGCCGACGCCGUCCCCGACUCUGCCGAUCUCAAGAUAACCGCGAUGGAGUGGAACUCGGACCCGACCAAGGACGGCCCGUCGGGCUUCGAGUACAGCAAUGAAUUCACCUUUUCCGGGGGAACAGGGGAGUGGAGCAAGACCGAACUGGAUGGCCAGUCGCUGGGUGAAAUGAACAGCCUUCCGUGUUCUGCUUACGCGUGCGCCCGCAAGUGCAACGACAAGUACUUUGAGGAGAGAAACACGACGAGCGAGGACCCCAACGUCUACAAGAACACGUACGAAUGCGUUGCUGCGUGCCCGGGCACCACCUUCCCUUCAUGGGACUCCAUCGUCAACGACGACGGCGGCUCCGGCGGUGGUCCCUUCGACGACGCCUACGGCCGCUCCAUCUUCGUCGAAUCCCGCAUCCUCCUCGCAGUCUAG